UAUAUAUACCACAAUUCCGCUUAAAAACCCUAGCCCCUUUAUCUUUUAUAUCUUUUUCUUCACUUUUCACUCCAGGCCAGGGUUUUGCCUUGCGGCGUUUCCAUCAGAAACAAUGGCAGUUCCUUUGCUGUCCAAGAAGAUUGUGAAGAAGCGUGUCAAGAAGUUCAAGAGGCCCCAAAGUGACCGCAAGAUCUCCGUCAAGACAAACUGGCGAAGGCCUAAGGGUAUUGACUCCCGUGUUAGGAGGAAGUUCAAGGGAUGCACUCUGAUGCCCAAUAUUGGUUAUGGCUCAGACAAGAAGACCCGCCAUUAUCUUCCCAACGGUUUUAAGAAAUUUGUUGUGCAUAAUGUUCAGGAACUGGAGCUUCUCAUGAUGCACAACAGGACAUACUGUGCUGAGAUAGCCCAUGAUGUUUCAACAAAGAAGAGGAAGGAAAUUGUCGAGCGAGCUGCACAGUUGGAUGUUGUUGUGACCAACAAAUUGGCUAGGUUGCGCAGCCAGGAGGAUGAGUGAAGAUCAGUCCUUGAACGUUGGUUUUGCUUUUUGGUAUAAUAUUUUAUCGUGUAGGAAGUUUUAGACUUUGGCUCAAUUGUUUUUUUGGUGAUUGGUACUAAACCCUUCGUCUAAUUUAAAGUCUGCAUGAUUCUGAUGAUGUUUUGAGGGUUUUCUUCUUUGAGCAUGUUUUUAAUAAUGAAAGAUAUAUGCCACUGGCUGCUGCAUUUAUGAGCUAAUGUAACACCGUACCAGUUAUGGUGCCUAUUUCUCUGAAGGAGGUGUGACGAUAGGUGGACUGGCCUAUGUUCUUGAUAGAAGAAAAUUCCUUGCUGCUUUGCAUCCGUUACAAAAUGAUUUAGUUCUUAAUGAAUUGCUUGAUAAGGUUUGUCGAUGUGGGUUGAGCUUUUGUUCAUUACUUAUUUUAAUACACUCAUUGACAUUGUUUAUAAA